AUGACAUUCGUCAUUCAAUUGACGAAAUCUGAAGUACCUACAGGUUCUAUUACUCCUUCUUCUAGCAACAUUUCAAAAUGCCAAGUGAUUUAUUGGUUGGUUUUGGCUUCGGCUUGUCUCAUCAACGCCAAUAGCGUCGCCGACCGCUCUGAUGCAGAUGAUGAAGGGGUCGACGAAAUUAUUGGUGGUACAACCGUUGCCAGGGGGCAGCAUCAAUACAUGGCGUAUUUAAGGUCAUUCUACGCUGGAGGUGCAGGAUCGUGUGGUGGUACAGUGAUUACUAACCGAUACAUUCUAACUGCAGCUCACUGCGUUCAAGACCAUAAAACCGGUGAAAUAGCCAGCAAAGUGGAAGUCCGUCUGAAAGUCUACACCAUCAGCCCAAUGGACUCGGGUGCGAAACUCAUCACCGUGACCGGAUCCAGCAUCAAGCCCCACCCCGCAUAUUUUUCAAAUGGAGCGUUCAACUCUAUCUAUGACAUUGCCCUCAUCAAAAUGACGGCCAAUCUCCCGACGUCUGACUAUUACCUAAUUGGUAAACUCUACAUGCCGGAUUACCAGGACACGGUAACUGCCGUUGGAUGGGGACUUACCAGCAGCACUUCAACUACUGCUUCACCGACGCUGCAGCAAGUUGAUUUCAAAAUUGGAACCAAAGAUGAGUGCACCAGCUUUUGGGGUAGCACCUACCACCACGAAUAUCAGAUGUGCGGUAUCAUUCCCGGCAAAUCCGUUUGUAGAGGAGACAGUGGCGGCCCCAUCGUUCGUUACAGCAGCGGUUAUCAGAUUUACACCCAGGUUGGAAUCAGCAGCUUUGUACCGGCCUCCAUCAAUGGACAAGCUCUUUGCGAAAAGGGUUACGCCGUUUUCACUCGACCCUCCGCUCAUCGUGACUGGAUUACCGCAAAUAGUUGUAUUGCCGGCGGUGGAUUCUGUAAUCAUUGGUUUGAUGUUUAA